AUGUUAAAUAGCUACUACAAACAUGUCAAUCGAUACAAGAACUCAUUAAUCACGAGGUUCUAUGGUGUACACUAUGUGAAGCCCCUAAAUGGACAAGAGGUCCGAUUCAUUGUCAUGGGUAAUCUGUUCUGUUCAGAAUACCAGAUUCAUCGCCGUUUUGAUUUGAAAGGUUCAUCCUAUGGACGAACAGCAGACAAGUUUGAAGAUGAGAUUGAUGAGACAACUACACUCAAGGACUUGGACCUCAAUUUUGUCUUCCGGUUGCAGCGAUCUUGGUACACCGAUCUCCAUGAACAAUUGAGACGAGACUGCGAUUUUUUGGAAUCGGAAGGGAUUAUGGAUUACAGUUUCUUGGUAGGAGUUCACUUUUGUGAUGACAUCGCUGCCUCAAAGAUGGGAUCAUCUACUUUUACUGCUUCUCCAAAGCUUUUAACAAAGAGUGAGUCAUUUCAAGGUGGUGGCACGCCAGAGCUCUGCUUCUCAGAUGAUGAUUUUGAUAUGAUACCUGAUUGCCGUUGGAAACCGUUGAUUAGACUGGGUGCACACAUGCCAGCCCGGGCAGAGCAAGCAUCCAGAAGGAGUGAAUUUGAUCCGCUUCUCCUAACAGGCGGGGGAUUCCUAUUCCCAAACCAGACUGGCGAAGUGCACGACGUGAUUCUCUUUUCCGGGAUAAUUGACAUCCUCCAGGAUUACAGCUUAAGAAAGCGGGCAGAGCAUGCUUACAAGUCGUUACAGACAGAUCCCAACUCGAUCUCUGCUGUGGACCCGAAGCUCUACUCGAAGAGGUUUCAGGACUUCAUCGGUAGAAUUUUUGUGGAAGAUGGCUAA